UCCAACCAUAGCCUUAAUGCUUUUCCCCAAAUCCCCAUUUACAAUUCAUGCAUACCUAUCUGCCUGGUCUAAAUUUUCUACUCAGAGGAAGAAGAAAAUAUGAUAUUUUCAAUAAAGAUUCAUCUUCCUCUGCAAAACAAGGCAGAAUCAUUUCAUUAUAUCUCCCAGGAAGUAUUUUUCCACAAAAUGCAGAGAAUAUAUUGUGGGGAACUGGUCAUUCAAAAAUUUAGAACACAAAGAGUUGACAAUGGUAACGUGUUAUACCAAGUGGGUACUAGUGUCCUGUGUCAUCUGCAGCUGAAAGAGUGAAAGAUAGAUCACACAGUACAAAUGCACCUAGCAGCAAAGAACCUCAGUGAGGAAAAGUUGUUGGCUGAGAAAAUUGUUUCAAAAAUUAAAAAAAAAAUGUUGCUGCAGUAGUUGAAAUCAUACAAAAUUUUAUUAACUUAAAGGUGUCAUUCCUAUUUUCAGAUAAUGUAUCAAUGCUCACCUUUGGUCAAGUAAAUGUUGGAUAAAAUAUAUAAAUAGAAUACACAAAGAAAUAUAGUCUUUUUGUUUCAGACCUGUUCUGUACUUUUAAUCUAGCAUGUCAACUUUCCAGAACACCACAACUUCUUCCAUCAUUUUCCUGCUCACUGGUGUGCCUGGGCUGGAAGCCUUCCACUCCUGGAUCUCCAUCCCCUUCUGCUUUCUCUAUGCAACUGCCCUCUCAGGGAACAGCCUGAUUCUCUUCGCCAUUAUCACUCAGCCCAGCCUCCACGAGCCCAUGUAUUAUUUCCUCUCCAUGUUGUCCACCACUGACCUCGGGCUAUCCAUAUCCACUCUGGCCACCAUGUUGGGGAUAUUUUGGUUCAAUGCCAGAGAGAUCAGCUUCAAUGCCUGCUUAUCCCAGAUGUUCUUCAUUAAACUCUUCACUGUCAUGGAAUCCUCAGUGUUGUUGGCCAUGGCUUUUGAUCGUUAUGUGGCCAUCUCUAAUCCCCUUAGGUACGCCACUAUUUUAACUGAUUCCAGAAUAGCUCAAAUUGGAGUAGCAAUUGUCAUCAGAGGGACUGUAAUGCUGACACCAAUGGUUGCACUUCUUAAGAGACUAACCUUCUGCAACAGCCAUGUGCUCCACCACUCCUACUGCUUCCACCCCGAUGUCAUGAAACUCUCAUGCACAGACACCAGGAUCAACAAUGUAGUUGGACUGACUGCCAUGAUUUCUACUGUUGGUGUGGACUCGGUCCUCAUCCUCCUUUCUUAUGUCCUGAUUAUUAGGACCGUCCUCAGCAUUGCUUCCCCAGAAGAGAGGAAGAAAGCCUUCAGCACAUGUAUCUCCCAUAUAGGAGCUGUAGCUAUAUUCUAUAUUCCAUUGAUCAGUUUGUCCUUUGUUCACAGAUUUGGGAAACGAGCUCCACCCUAUGUCCAUACCAUGAUUGCUAACACCUACCUGCUGAUCCCUCCUGUCAUGAACCCCAUCAUCUACAGUGUGAAGACCAAGCAGAUACGUAAAGCUGUGAUAAAAGUUCUCCAUUCUAAAAAAAUAUAGACUCACAAAACU